UGAAAGGCAGGCCUGGAGACUAGGGCAGAUCGGAGGAGUGGGUGACUGGGGGGGGGGAUAGGAGGAGCUCUGGGUUUGGAGUGGGGUCCCCCCACCCUGUGGGUGACUGAGUGCCUGCCCCAGUGAGAUAAUGUGCUCGAGUGCUUAGCGGCUGUGGUCUGGCGGUUGUCUGGUCUUCCCUUCCACUGCUGGCUGAGGAGGAGGAGCGGUUGGACUGGCCAUUCCUGGAGGGCGCGUCUCUACGCCACGGCCCUGGGAACCUGCUCGCGUCCAGGACCAGGGAGGCCAUGCCAAGAAGCUGGUGAAGGCUUUCCUGUCCUCUUGCACCAUGGUCGACGGCGUCAAAUAUGAAGUGGCCUCCCAGCAUGAGCCAGAUGGCGGCCCUCUGGAAGAUGGGGCCAGCCCGGGGUCCGAGCAGGUCAAGCUGAAGAAGGAGAUCUCGCUGAUUAACGGCGUGAGCCUCAUUGUGGGGAACAUGAUCGGCUCGGGCAUCUUUGUCUCCCCCAAGGGUGUGCUCAUGUACAGUGCCUCCUUUGGCUUCUCCCUGGUCAUCUGGGCUGUCGGGGGCUUCUUCUCUGUGUUCGGGGCCCUUUGCUAUGCGGAACUGGGCACCACCAUUAAGAAAUCUGGAGCCAGCUAUGCCUACAUCCUGGAAGCCUUCGGGGGACUCCUCGCCUUCAUCCGCCUCUGGACCUCCCUGCUCAUCAUCGAGCCCACCAGCCAGGCCAUCAUUGCCAUCACCUUCGCCAACUACUUGGUGCAGCCCUUCUUCCCCAGCUGCUUUGCCCCCUAUGCUGCCAGCCGCCUGCUGGCUGCUGCCUGCAUCUGUCUCUUGACUUUCGUAAACUGUGCUUAUGUCAAGUGGGGAACUCUGGUACAGGACGUUUUCACCUACGCUAAAGUUUUAGCACUGAUUGCGGUCAUCAUUGCAGGCAUUGUUAGGCUUGGCCAAGGAGGCACGGCUCACUUUGAGAAUUCUUUUGAGGGCUCAUCAUUUGCAAUGGGUGACAUUGCCCUGGCAUUGUACUCAGCUCUCUUUUCCUACUCGGGCUGGGACACCCUCAACUAUGUCACUGAAGAGAUCAAGAAUCCCGAGAGGAACCUGCCCCUGUCCAUUGGUAUUUCCAUGCCUGUUGUCGCCAUCAUCUACAUCUUGACCAAUGUGGCCUAUUACACUGUGCUAGACAUGAGGGACAUCUUGGCCAGUGAUGCUGUUGCUGUGACUUUUGCAGACCAGAUUUUUGGAGUAUUCAACUGGACAAUUCCACUUGCAGUUGCUUUAUCCUGCUUUGGUGGCCUCAAUGCCUCCAUUGUGGCUGCUUCUAGGCUGUUCUUUGUGGGCUCAAGGGAAGGCCAUCUCCCUGAUGCCAUCUGCAUGAUUCAUGUGAAGCGGUUCACGCCUGUGCCUUCUCUGCUCUUCAAUGGCAUCAUGGCACUGAUCUACCUGUGUGUGGAGGACAUCUUCCAGCUCAUUAACUACUACAGCUUUAGCUACUGGUUCUUUGUGGGGCUCUCCAUCUUGGGUCAGCUCUACCUGCGUUGGAAGGAGCCCGAUCGACCUCGUCCUCUCAAGCUCAGCCUUUUCUUCCCCAUUGUCUUCUGCCUCUGCACCAUCUUCCUGGUGGCUGUUCCGCUUUACAGUGACACCAUCAAUUCCCUCAUUGGCAUCGCCAUCGCCCUCUCAGGCUUGCCCUUUUACUUCCUCAUCAUCCGAGUGCCCGAGCAAAAACGACCUCUUUGCCUCCGAAGGAUUGUGGCGUCCGCCACCCGGUACCUGCAGGUCCUGUGUAUGUCAGUUGCUGCAGAAAUGGAUUUGGAAGAUGGAGGAGAGAUGUCUAAGCAACAGGAUCCCAAGUCUAACUAAAACCUGCUGGAAUCCUGAGAUGGGGCAGAUGAGGCCUCUCGUUUCCUACCAGCUGGAGUCAAGGAAGCUGAAAAACUCCCUUCUUUGGAGGCAUCCACCCAGAAGCCUAGUGAAGGCAGCUUCAGCCCCUGAAUUUGCUUCUUGAGACAUGAAAAGUAAUUUAUUUGUUCUGCUACCUUUGCUCCAGGCUUUGGAGAGGACAAAGCAGACUGUGGUGGGGCAUGUCAGGUGUGGGCGUGGUCUAACAGCAUCCUGGGUGUGCCUACCCACUCCUCCUUUUCUUGAAAAGGGCCAACAUUGCUCCAAACCUCCUGUCUCCUCAGAGACACGAAACUGUCAUGUGUGCUGGACAAAAAUAAAACAGUUAUGUUCCUAAA